AUGGAUUUUAUCGUUAACUUAUUAGGCGCUUUCCUUUCAUUACUGUGUGCUAUAGUUCUACUGCUCACAUGGUUCCUGCUACCCAAAUGGCGUUCUUUACAAAACUUCAUGAGCAUCCAGCAAAUCGUUAUGGGUACGCUACACAUCAUCGCCAUCAAUAUAGACGACGUAUUCUUCAUUUCAUAUGGCGACGACAACAACGAGUUCAUGAUCAAUAUAAAAUCGCUCCUGUUCCUGGCAACAAUGUGCUGGUCGUUAUGCGCUUCCUUAUUCGCUUACCUGAAGUUGGUGCUGCUAUAUUCCGGGAAAAUAAGCUUCGAGAAGAGAACGGCGUUCGCUUUAGCUAAUGGGACUCUGGUUAUCGUGAGGAUGAUAACGGAAGGCUUGAUACCAAUAUUAUUUCCAUUUUCAACAAUAUUCGGGAAGUUGUUGUUACGUAUACUGCCCAUAUAUGUGAUGGGGACGUUAAAUCUGUACCUAAUUAUUAAAGUCACUAAAUCCGUUCUACGAUCUAGUGUAAAUUCUGCGAGUCGCGUGAAGGGGAGAAGAGUCGCGUCUUUAGUGGGUGUGGCCAUCAUUUGUGAUAUGGCAGUGGUACUCUACUUACUAACUGUCAUGUUACAAGCGGUAGAUGUGAUCGAAAGGAUUAUGAACGCCAUUCUAAUGCUGAGGAUGGUUCCGCAAACGAUUGUUGUACUAUUCAACACAAGCUCUAAGGAACACUGGAGAAGGUAUUUCAGGAAGAGGAAAAUGACGAGUCAAAGAAAAAAAGUAAGUAUUCGCCAAUUGGAACUCUUAAUAGAAUUUUUAGAAAAACACACAGAUUUAGCCCGAGGCCGUUUGAAAUCAAAGGAAGGACACGCGGUUUCAAAUCGGCUUUGGGCAGAAUGUGCCGAAAAUUUAAAUGCGGAGAUAGAUGGAGAUGAACGCUCUCCUAAACAAUGGACCAAGUGGUAUACAGACUACAAAUGUAGGCUAAUAAAUAGAUUUAGAAAAUUAAAAACUUAUCAAACUGGGACUGGUGGAGGACCAGCCACAGUAGACCAACUAUCUCCCUUAGAGGACCGCUUGGUUUCUCUUUUGGAGGCUAGAAGGGAAGCUGUUGGCCUUGACGGUACUCCCCAGUCUGAAGUACAGAUAAACCCAGUACCACUUGAAUGUCAACGCUCUUUGGAACUCUCCCAAGUGACAACAGACCAAUUGCAUGAUGACCAUCAUAUAUCAAACAUGGUUAUCUGUGAAGAGCAAGUUAAUAAUGAAGGAAGUCAAGAGGAACCAAACCAAGCGCCAAGUCUUCCUAGGUCUCGCCGUAAGCGUACUCGGCACAAUAGAGAUACUAUUCCUUCUGAAUUAGAGAGCAGUAGGAAUUCCUUGGAAAAAAUUGAGGAAUCGAGAAUAGAAGUGGAGAGAAUGGUGGCAUCAGCCUAUAAUAAAAUGGCUGAUGCCGUUAAAUUAAUGGCUGAAGCAACAGCAAAAUCGGCCGAAGCGAACUCUAGAAUCGCAGAUUCUAUAGAAAAAUUAACAACACGUAUUUAUAGAAAAAGGAUGAGGGUUGAUGAUGAUUCAAGUGAUGAUGAAGAUUUAUAA